UCUGGAUGACAGCAGGGGAGAGAGGAGAGGGCAUGCAGGAGCUGCUGAUUCUUACCAGGGGAUGAAGGUGCAGGAAGAAUGCCCUGAAAGCUCCGUGGGAACGUGUAGCUCCAGACGCGCACGCAAGAAGAAGAAGUGAUCACCAGUGAGCGUGCUUGGAAAAGGGUGUGUGAAAUCUGAGCGUGGUGCAACAAUCAGAGACGAGUUAUCCUCUGGAGGAGUCUUAAAUCUGCAGAGAUGGGGAUGAACUUCUCCUCUGGCUGGAUAUUCCGCGGCUGGAUACUCUUGUGCGUCAUGGUCAUCUUUUACGCACAGGAUGCAGUCUCCAAAUCUGUUCAGUGUGAAGAAAAUCACUACUUAAGAGACUCCAGAUGCUGCACGAUGUGUCAGCCAGGGGAGCGUGUGUUGUCCCACUGCACUGAAUCGGACCAGACCACGUGCUCAAAGUGCAACCAUCAUGAAUAUCAGCCUGGCUGGAACGCACAAACGACCUGCAUCCCUAAGAAGUACUGCGACGCCGGAAAAGGAUUUAUGAGAAGAAAUGAGGAGAACGAAAGCUUUACGGAAGAGGAGCCGUGUCGCUGCCAGCCUGGCCGCCAGUGUUACCACAUCAACUGUGAGUUCUGUGAGCUCAUACCAAGCUGUCCCCCUGGCAGUGGACUUGAGGACGACCCUGGGUCGACAUACGGGAGGACAGUCUGUGCUGCUUGUAAAGAAGGCUUUUAUUCUGAUAUGCUCAAUGCUGAGCAAUGCAAACCGUGGACCAACUGUAAAGCUGAGGGCAGGAGAGAGCUGCAGCCCGGCAGUGCUCAGGCUGAUGCUGUGUGCGGACAGCAUGUCCCAGUUACCCUGUUUUCUUGGGUUUUAGUUUCAGUGCUGUCGGUCAUAACAGUUCUGUGCCUCCUCAUCCUGCUGCUCUUCUGCUACAAGGACAAACUAAAGUUGCUCUCUGUAAAUCUGCGAUCUUGUGUCCAGAAUCUGAAGAGGACCAGGAUACAGCAGGAGACUUUGGCCCCUCUUUACCACAGUGGAACAGCAGGAGAAGGUCCUGGAGGCUUCAAGUGUGCACCUUGUGAGGUGACUAAGCUCAUCCUCCAAGCCCCCCACAGUCCUGACAUAGAUCCCCCAUGCACUGUUCCUGCAUCGAUUUCCUUUGAGAAGUUCUCCCCGCCCUCCGCGGAGAGAAUGGAAGAAAACAGAGGGGUUAAGGAAAGAACAGUGACAGAGGAUGACAGCAAAGGCUCUGGAGAACCAGAGGAGUUGUCAGAAGAAGAGGUCGUGAAUUCAUCAAUGCUUCUGGCAGGGUCUUGUACUUGUGUCAUCCCGAUCCAUGAGCCGCUGGAAGUAGGGGAAAAUGAGGACUGUAGCCAGGCUGUGAUUCCUGGGAUGUCAGGAACCUGCUCAUGUGGAGGCCUUGAAGGAGAGCAAGAUCGAGAAAAGACCCGAAAAGACAGAAGGAACUUUGAAAAAGUGGGCGAAAGGGUAAUUCAAGAAAGGAUAGGUUCAUCCAUCAAAGAGACAUGUGUUACAUCUUUGGUUCCUCUUUCUUCUCCGCUCAUCCACACCUCCCCUCCAGUCCCAUUAAAUCCAAGUACUGAACUCUGUGUACCACUGGCUCAAGUGAGGCCCAAAGAUCUGUCCAACUUCUCUGAAAAUUUGCUGGUUAAACAGGAGGAACUUUACCGAGUGGCGAGUACACACUCCACCUCAGCUGAAAGUAGCACAGCCCCUGCCAUGUUAGUCAGUGCCUUGAUGGCGUCGACGUCUGCAGGGGAUCUCUACCUGGACAAGUCCCCCCAGGUCUCCAGGUCAGAAACAGGCCAGGGGAUUUCCUGCAGGGACAGCACAGAGAACAAGCUGGGGGAGUCAGAACUGGGGUGUUCACCGGAGAGCCUCCACAGCCAACUGGCUGAAUCGUCUCUUACCUCAGGUCUGGUUUCUGGGCACCACAACACCACGUACAUCUCCAGCGGUCAAGUGAUGAACGUUACAGGCGACGUCGUCGUUGUCUACAUCAGCCAGGUGUCCGGCAGCAGUGACGAGGGCGCGCAGGACAGUGACUUCGGAAGUCCCGUCCAGGAGGAGGCCAGCGAGACGGCUCCGUUUUUUCAGAGCAGCCUGAGAUCACAAAGGAACUGCAUUACCCAGAGCGCCUUGCGAGAAGAGACAUUACCAGUCCAAGAAAUGAUGCAGGAGAGGCUACUGGUAAAGUGAACAAAGAAAAAGAGGCUGUUUAAUGUCAGGACUGAGAUCAAUUCCAAAAGCAAUAGCUAGGUUCCAGUAUGAACCCCAAAUUAUUAUUAUUUUUUUCUUGCAUUAGAUUUAUUUUUACUGGAAAGCUGCAAGCCUUUCUCAGAAAGUAGCCCUCAUUUGCUCAGACAGCGAUGAGUAAUUAUGCUGAGAAUUGGAUGUGAAACUGGAGUUCAUACUGAAAAAGCACAAGUCUGCAUCGCAGCAUGGAAAC